UCCCCCUCAGGGUGAGCCUGUCCCCGUGCCCCUGUCCCCUCAGGGUGAGUCUUUGUCCCCCACUCCUUCUCUCAGCCCCAUCACCUCCCGGCGUCCCUCUCCCCUCACCCAGCACUUCCGCCCGCGCCCCCUCCCCGCAGGCGGGACUUCCGCCCGCGCCCCCUCCCCUCGCCGCUGCGUCCUCUCCCCCGCCCGCGGCGAGCCUGGGCGCCUGUCCCGCGCUCCCCCGCCCCGGCCGCUGGUUGCAGCGGCGCAGAGGCGGCGGCCUCGUCCGGAGGGUCCGGGGCGCGCCGCUCCUCGUCCUGCUCCCGCUCCUGCCGCUCUCCUUCCUCCCGCUCCUCCUCCUCGCCGUUGCCCAGCUCGGCGAGAGCCGCGAGCGGCAAGAUGGCGGCGCCCAGGCCGCCGCCCGCCCGGCUGUCCGGCGUCAUGGUGCCCGCGCCCAUCCAGGACCUGGAGGCCCUCCGCGCGCUCACGGCGCUCUUCAAAGAGCAGCGGAAUCGAGAAACAGCACCCAGGACUAUCUUCCAAAGAGUUCUGGAUAUCCUAAAGAAAUCUUCUCAUGCUGUGGAGCUGGCCUGCAGAGAUCCAUCCCGAGUGGAACAUCUGGCUUCCAGUCUGCAGUUAAUAACAGAAUGCUUCAGGUGUCUCCGAAAUGCUUGUAUAGAGUGUUCUGUGAACCAGAAUUCAAUCAGGAACUUGGAUACAAUUGGCGUUGCUGUUGAUUUGAUCCUUCUUUUUCGUGAGCUGCGAGUGGAACAGGAAUCCCUGCUGACAGCUUUUCGUUGUGGUCUCCAGUUUUUAGGCAACGUUGCCUCACGGAACGAAGAUUCCCAGUCUAUUGUUUGGGUACAUGCUUUCCCAGAACUCUUUCUGUCUUGCUUAAAUCAUCCAGACAAAAAAAUUGUUGCCUACUCAUCGAUGAUUUUGUUCACAUCCCUUAAUUCUGAAAGAAUGAAAGAAUUGGAAGAAAACCUCAAUAUUGCAAUUGAUGUCAUAGAAGCCCACCAGAAGCACCCUGAAUCAGAAUGGCCGUUCUUGAUCAUUACAGACCAUUUUCUAAAAAGCCCGGAAUUGGUAAAAGCCAUGUAUGCCAAAAUGAGCAAUCAAGAAAGGGUUACAUUGUUAGAUCUUAUAAUAGCCAAAAUAGUGGGGGAUGAGCCAUUGACCAAGGAUGACGUCCCUGUGUUUCUGAGCCAUGCUGAAUUGAUUGCAAGCACUUUUGUGGAUCAGUGCAAGGUUGUGUUAAGAUUGACCUCUGAGCAGCAAGCUGAUGAUGAGGAGGCACUGGCUACAAUUAGGCUUCUCGAUGUCCUGUGUGAAAUGACUGCUAAUACAGAUCUGCUUGGCUAUCUACAGGUUUUUCCUGGCUUGCUGGAAAGGGUGAUUGAUCUUUUACGACUGAUUCAUGUAGCUGGCCGUGAUACCACAAACAUCUUUAGUACCUGUGGUUGCAUAAAAGCAGAAGGUGAUGUCUCAAAUGUGGCCGAGGGGUUUAAGUCUCAUCUCAUUCGUCUGAUUGGAAAUCUGUGUUACAAGAAUAAAGAUAACCAGGACAAGGUAAAUGAGCUGGAUGGCAUUCCAUUGAUCCUGGACAGCUGCAGCAUUGAUGACAGCAACCCCUUUCUGACCCAGUGGGUGGUGUACGCCGUCCGAAACCUUACAGAAGACAAUAGUCAAAACCAAGAUUUGAUUGCAAAGAUGGAGGAGCAGGGGCUGGCAGACGCAUCUCUACUUAAAAAAAUGGGUUUUGAAGUUGAAAAGAGGGGUGACAAGCUGAUUCUGAAAUCGACAAAUGACACCCCUCCACUGUGAAUAACUCUCCAGACAAAUAUCUGAAUUUUUGGAAUCUGUUUCAUGGAUUUUUCAUCUUCUGCAGUAUGUGAAAUUGCAAGUGUUUGAAGAUUUAUUAAGUACAAAUUCAGGAAAACAUGAAUCUUUUAGAUAAUAGAGUUAAAUGCGUAUAAGCUUAAAAGUGAAAGUACGUGAGUAUUCUGUUGUUUCUUUGCUUUAGAAACGUAACUGUCUGGUUUGCCUUUGUCCCUAUGGAUACACUGUGCGUUUAAGUAAUAUAUUGUACUUACUGUGGCAGCAGAUAAUAAAUUCUUCUCGUUGAGGGCACAUCCCUUAUUUGGCAAAGACUUGGAUGUUUGCUUGGAUUCCAUUUGCUCCUUCAGAUGGCAAGUCAGCUUCGUUCCUUUUUAUUUGCCUCUUCUCAUUGGGUUUUCUGAACUCUGGCAGGCAGUUGAAGUAGUUUCUCACUGUGAUUAAUUCUAGCGAUCUUCUUUUCACCCCUUCUGCCUUUCCAAAACAUUGACAAGACUCAUUUCCAGUUAAUUAAUUCGAGAGAUGCUGAAGAAUAGGGAGCUCUCCCUCUUUAUUUUACGUCCUGGGCUAUGUUGUCACCGAGCCCUGUCCCUUUGGAAUGUAGCAGGGAGUGAGAUGGAGAGAACAUGUGGGCAAUUAACUCUUCUCAUUCCAAAUCGUCCUAGAAGUAGACUUCCCAAGCCUGCGUCUCAGCACCUUCGUGCCUCUGUGAAAGGAGAGGGAGGAAUAUAGGGUCACCUCUUUGCAGGGCCACAGCAUGGAAGCUACAUCCCUGUCUCCUUCAGUUUAGAAAGCACCAGUCUGUGAAGGCACACCACUCGGUUUUGGCCGUGGCUUCACUGGCGUUGCAAAAGUAGCUUUGGGCAGCAAGAGUUAAUUUGACCUAUGUCUGUCUGUCUCUCUGUCUCUCUCUCUCUCUCCCCCCUCACUCAUUAGAAAUAGAACUGGAGUAAGUGAGCACUAAAAUCUUUGUAACCACCCAGAUCGUUAAUAUAAUCAACAGACACUCUAGUGGGAGGCCAUAUUGUGAAUGCUUUGAAACACUAUUUUCUUGAACAGCCAUGUUAGUAAACUAAAACUUCUAGAGAUUUUGCACAGUUCGUGUUGAACCUUCCAAAAUAAAAAGAGCAAAAACCCAACCAGAAGUUAUGCAGAAAUACUGAUUGUUGCAAAGUAAAGUGCUUCUGAGUUUUUUGUAAAGCUUACUUCAAUUGCUUUGUGAAAACAGCUUAAGCGUGUUAAGAAUGAAAUAAAAGUUUUCCCAUGUGCUACCUAA